ACUUCAAAGAGUCCUAAACAGUUCCCCUAAUAUCUCUCCUAUCCUCAUUAAUCUUGUACCACCUCCUCCCAACUGCCAAUACUCAAAAUACCAUAAGUACCCCAUCAAUCCAUCUAUUACAAAGUUAUCAAGGGUAUUUUCGUCAAUUUGUCCAUUCACAAUUUCUGUACAUCAACUGAAGUUAAGCAAAUGGAUAUGCAGAAGCAGAACUGUUCUUUCUCCUCCUUGAUAACAUUAUUGAAUUUCUUCAUUUUCUGCCGGAAUAUCGCCGGAGAAUGGAAUUCAGGCAAGUAAAAUGAAACCCAACAUGUUUACCCUACCGAAAAAUGUACAAAAUCCAAUAGAGUCAUCCGCCGGAAAAUCAAGAAUCCGGCGAGAAAUUGAGUCCAUUUCUUCACUUACAUCUCUUUCUUAUUCAAUCAAAGUGUUCAACGUUAAAUGGAAAUCAAUACGCAACAAGCUUGAAGAGCUUCUUUCUACCCUCUCUGCCAUUGAAAAUUGUGAUUCAGCUGAAAACUACCCUCCACUCUGCAGCUCCCUUUCAGCCAUUACAGCUACACUCAACAACUGCCAUGAACUUUCAAGGCAUUGUGUUGAGUUUUCAUAUAGUGGGAAAUUGCUUAUGCAGAGUGAUCUUGAUAUAGUUUCAAGAAAAUUGGAUGAUCAUAUAAAGAGUAUUUCAGAGAUUUACUCUCUUGGUUUACUUACUCAGAGCAAUGCUAUUAUUGUUCCAAGGCCGCGUGUUGGAGCUUCUCGUGAUGAUAUCAAGUUUUAUAUAAGGGAUUUGUUGUCAAGGGUCAAGAUUGGUUCUUUAGAGAUGAAGAAGAAAGGGUUGAUUGCUUUGAAUGAGAUUAUUCAAGAAGAGGAUAGGUAUGUUAAAGUUGCAGUUGAAAUUGAUAAUCUUGUUACUGUUUUGGCGAGUUUUCUUGAUUUUCAAGAAGAUGAUGGUAGUCUUCAGGAAGAGGCAGCUAAGGGAUUGUGUGUAAUAGCAGGGUUUCAGUCUUUUAGAGUGGGGUUAAUUUCUGCUGGAAUAAUUGCACCAUUGAUUAGAGUUUUAGAAUGUGGGAAGAGUAAUUUGAUAAAAGAAUUUGCUGCAAAGUGUUUGAUGAAGCUGACAGAGAAUUCAGAUAAUGCAUGGUCAAUUUCAGCUCAUGGUGGAGUUACUGUUUUGUUGCAGAUAUGUGUAGAGGGUGGUGGUGAAUUGGUUGGUUCAGUUUGUGGGGUGUUGAAAAAUCUUGUUGGGGUUGAAGAAAUCAAGAGGUUUGUGAUUGAGGAAGGUGCAGUUUCAGUAUUUAUUAAGCUAGCAUGGUCUAAAGAUGAGGUUAUACAAAUUAGUUCAAUUGAUUUUCUACAAACUAUGACAUCUGGUGAUGAAUCAACUAGGCAGAUGAUCAUGAAGGAAGGUGGAAUAAGAGCUUUGGUUCGUGUUUUGGAUCCGAAAUCAUCUUCCUCACCGAAAGCAAGGGCAAUGGCAUUGAGAGGGAUUGUGAAUUUGUGUUUCUCAUCAGUAAAUUCAGUGAACAUCCUGUUGAAUUAUGGAUUUAUGGAUCACAUUCUUUAUUUUCUUCGACACGGAGAUGGUUCACUUCAAGGAUUGGCCUUAAAGGCAGCAUUUUGGUUAUGUGGAACAUCAGAGGAAGCCAAGAAACUAAUGGGGGAUGCUGGAUUUAUGCCAGAGUUGUUGAAGUUUCUUGAUUCUAAGUCAUUUGAGGUUAGAGAAAUGGCAGCUGAAAUACUAUCAAGUAUGGUUAUUGUGCCAAGAAACCAAAAGAGAUUUGUACAGAAUGAGCAGAAUGUUGGUUUGCUGCUGCAAAUGCUUGAUCCUGAACAGGCAAAUUUUGGCAACAAGAAGCUAUUGCUUUCUGUACUCAUGUCAUUAACAAGUUGCAAUAGUGCCAGAAAGAAAAUUUCAAGUUCAGGAUAUCUCAUCAACAUUGAGAAGUUAGCAGAGGCUGAAGUUUCAGAUGCAAAAAAGAUUGUCAGGAAAUUGUCUUCCAAUAGAUUCAGAAGCAUCCUCAGUGGAAUCUGGCAUUCAUAAUCAAUGUAAUUCAAUUUUGUCUUAUGUUUAAAUGCUUCCUUUAACACCCCCCAAAAAAAACAAAAGGAGAUCUUAUGUAAUAUAAACCAAGAUAAAUGUACUUUAUUGUUGAAAAAGAGCUUUUAGAACAUCCCCUUUUUCCUUUUGUAGAUUCUACUUCUAGUACUAUAAAUAGUAUCAAUAAAAAGGAUUAUAGAA